UUCGGGUUGCCUACUGCAGUGAUGACUAGAAAUAAAAAGAGUCCAGCUGAUUGGUGGGAUUCCUAUGGGGAUGAAUGUCCCAAAUUUAAGAAGUUUGCCAUGAGAAUUCUAAGUCUAACUUGUAGCUCCUCUGGUUGUGAACGUAAUUGGAGUGCAUUUGAGAUGGUUCAUACUAAGAAACGAAAUCGUUUGCAUCAAAAAAAGAUAAAUGACUUGGUUUUUGUUAUGUAUAAUCUGAGAUUGAAGAAGAAACAACAAAAACAGCCUGUGAUUCAAGAGACAAUUGUGCUAGAUGAUCUACCAUCUGAUGAUGAGUGGAUAACUGAGAUAGAUGAACCUCUCCUUCCGCAUGAUGAGACAUGGUUGAACGUCCUUGAUAGAGCAGCUAUAAGAUAUGCUCGAGAGGAAGCACAAAGAGAGAAUGAAAGGGGUGAUCAAGCCGACAACAUUGAAAUUCACGAGUUGAGUGAUGGCGAAAUUGAUGGUCAAGUUACUCCAACUGCUCAUGGUUCAAAUGAUAUUGGGGAUGGGGAUUUGGACAUGACAUUUGGUGAUGAUGAUAUUGGUGAUGAGGAACAAAAUACUACCCAAUAUCAAAUGAGAACAAGAAGCUCAGGUGCUAAUAUCGUAAACGAUGGUGUAGAUGAUGCAAACUUUGGUUAUGAUGAUUGA